AUGCCUGAACCUGUCUCAGUCAAUAGUAUCAUAAAGAGCAGUAUACUUACUAAUGGAGGAGCAGAAUAUGUGCGUAUCAAGCAAUCUCAAUCCCAAGCGAAAAGUUUGACCGAAUCUCAAUUGUCAGUAGAGCACCAAGAGUAUUGGGUAUUUGGAUACGGUUCGCUUAUUUGGAAGCCACCCAUUGCAUGGGAAGAAAGAGUUCCUGGAUACAUUAAAGGAUAUCAUAGCACGGAUCAUCGCGGGACGGCGAGCAAUCCCGGUCGCGUGGUUACACUGAUACCUUAUUCUGAAUGGAAGCUUCUCGAUGACUACCACCAAAACAAUGAAGACGAUAUUACUUGGGGUGUUGCAUAUAGGAUUCCUUCGAAUAAGGCAGCAGAGGUAAAGGAAUAUUUGGGCUGUCGCGAGAACGGGUAUUCGAUUCAAUUAGUAGAAGUUUAUCAAAAAGGAAGAACUGAACCAAUAAUUACCCAAGCUGUCUGCUAUGUUGCAAACCCCUGCCAUAGCAACUAUUGUGGAUCAGCCCCAAUUGAAGAAAUUGCGUAUCAAAUACAUCGAUCUCGCGGAAGGAGCGGACAAAACCGUGAUUACGCGCUUAAUCUCGCAAAAGCUUUACGUGAAAUUGCCCCGGAUGCGCACGAUCAACAUCUAUUCGACCUGGAACAACAUCUCCUAGCGUUAGAGUCGUUCACUGAUGGUCUCGUCUGUGACAUUGGGAGGGGUCGGUACUAUUAUCGAGAACGCUGUGCGUUACCGGUAAAAGAAUUGAAACUGCAAAACGAAGUAUGCAAGUACAGGGCACAAACUGCUCUAAAAUCCACUAAGCCUGACAAAACCGUCGGGUCGGGACGAGGGCGUCUCUAUAAAAUGGCGAAAAGGCAGUUCGAGGGUCUUUAUGAACAUGAAGUAAAUGGUAAAGGUGAAAUGUAA